GGGCAUUUGUAGCAGUCCGUUAAGGUAGAGUCCGUUUGAGAGGUGUGCACGUGUUCGGACGUGUUUGUCCAUUAUAAAAUUUUAGCAGGAUUGCUGAUGCGGACAAACGUCAUUAGACUCUUGUAUUAUUUAUACUUUUAUACUUCAAUUUCACUUUUAGUCUUCGAAAUAUAGUUAAAUCGUUCUUGCUAAUCAAAAGAGGGCGGGCACCAUUAAAACUUGGAGACUUGUAGCAGUUUAAGCCGUUAAAGCAACGUAAACACUUGCUUUGAUCAUGUCGAAGCUACAUGCUCGAUGGUGAUUGGGCAAAGAAGAAAUAAGAAGAAAAAGGAAACAUUAGACUUAUAGUUAUUGUGUGGGACGCAAUUUGGAUGCUAUACGCAUUUAUCGUCUUGUUUACAGAUUUUAUCUAUAAACAAUGGAGUCAGGAUAUAUAAUAAAGAAUAACGCAAGGAUCACUGCGAAAGAUGUAUCAAAUUCAGAUGCAUUGUCAGAAUGCAUCUGUUAUAGACCACACUCUAAUGUCAUAUGCAAUGGUUGUGGAUUUUGGACUAGAGGAAGAGUAAGAAACUGUUGUCCUCAACAUCCUAAGAUUGUUUUUUUACACGAUCAUGCUCAAUGUCCACGCUGCAGGAGCUAUGCCUUCAUGCUUACAGAAAUUUAGGACAAGCGUAACAUCAGUCUUUUCAUUGCAUUACAGAUAAGUUACAAAUUAGAUAGGUAAAAUAAAAGGGAGGUUUAAAAAGAUGAUUAAAAAUUGCUAAAUAAUUUAUUUGAAUAAGACUUAUUACUGUUGUUUUCUACAUUAAGCGAGUAAACGUAAAGAGCGAAGAAUGUAAAUAACAAAUUUCGCAACUGCAACAAUUGAGAUUUGUUUGGAAAAGGCUGAGAUAUUUUCAUAUAUCUAUAUAAGAUGAUAUUGAAAGAUAAGCAUUUAUGUAACUGUUAGACUGUCAAAAUGUUUAAUACUUGUUUAGAAGUAACAAAAGUAUUUUGCUUUAUUUUUUGUUCUUUUUUUUUUAAUAUACAGAGUGUUAUCAGAAAUACUAGUAUAUUUGUUACAAACAACACUAGUAUUACAAGAAAGUAUGAAAUUAAUGAUUUAUUAUAAAAAUACACAUGUGUGUAUAUAUACACAGUAACAGUAAUAAACAGUAACAAAAUAUUUUGACAGUGAAGUUUAUAGAUAAGAAGACAAGAGACGAUACAUUGUCUUAACAAAUUUAAUACUAUAUAUUCAAUAUACUUUGUAUUCUGCCAAAUAUAAGAGCUGACUUGUCUCAUAUAAUAUUUUCAAAUAAAGUGUGUCUAUAAAAGAUCAUGUAUGGAAAA